AUGUCGACCAGCCCGGCCACGGAGACUUGGGCAUUUCCGUCUUCUUCAUCCCAGCCUCGACAGCCUAUUACAACAGCUACUCCUUCGAUAACUGCUGGCACCGCCAACAUGGCUUCGGCUUCGUCGCAAAAUCAGCCUGUCGUCGCGGCGAAUAUCGCUGCCGAAUCCCAAUCUUCUCCACAUUCACAGUCACCACCAUUACAACCUCUGGUACCGAGGUCGUCUUCAAACUGGUCUUUCCUCCAAGGCUUCCUUAUCGGUCAGCUCAGCGUCAUAAUAAUGAUCUGUGCAUUCAUCAAAUACUUCAUCUUCAGCGACCCAUCCACCGAUUCUUCCUCCUCCCGUUCGAAACGCAAUAACAGCAGUAGUCGUAAACUUCACAAGAAGAAAUCCACCAGCGUCCUCCGAAACCCACCGCCACUAACUACCGCCACAAUACUCUCGAAAACAUACUAUAACGUCCAUUCCCACCAACCCGAAUCAUUAGAUUGGUUUAACGUCCUAAUCGCCCAAGCGAUCGCUCAAUUCCGUGACGAUGCUCGAACGGACGGUGCUAUCCUCGAUAGUUUGAAUAAAGUUAUAAAUGGACCUAAUAAACCGGAUUUCCUCGAUACUAUUAAAAUAACGGAAAUCACUUUGGGAGAGGAUUUUCCGAUAUUUAGUAAUUGUAGGAUUACACCGAGUCCCGAUGAGCCCGGGAAGCUACAGGCGAGGAUGGAUGUGGAUUUGUCGGAUGUUAUUACUUUGGGAGUGGAAACGAGGCUGCUGUUGAAUUAUCCGAAGCCGUUGGUGGCGGUAUUACCCGUUGGGCUGUCGGUGUCCAUUUUGAGAUUUUCGGGGACGCUAUCAAUCUCAUUCAUACCGUCGCAAGAGAACACCUCGAAUUCGACCACAUUAACAUUCUCCCUCCUAGACGACUACCGCCUCGAACUUUCGGUGCGAUCACUAGUCGGCUCAAGAUCACGUCUUCAAGAUGUUCCCAAAAUCGCACAAUUGAUCGAAUCCCGGAUCCAUGCAUGGAUUGAUGAACGAGUGGUGGAACCAAAGUUUCAACAAAUAGUCUUGCCUAGUUUAUGGCCUAGGAAACGGACAACCCGUGAACAUGCACCGGAUACCUCCACCGAUAGUGAUAGUAUCGAUAAGGGUAGUAAUUAUAGAGAUGGAGGGGUAGUAAGUGGAGGGGUAGGAGUAGGUGGGGGUGGUGGGGUGAUAGGAGGAGGGAGUGGAGAUGGUAGUAUGAGGUCUGGUGGGUCACAUCGGAGUAAUUCUAUGAGACAGCGACGGCCACCAUUGAUGUCGACAAUGCACCACCACGACUAUCCCACUCCAUAA